AUGGAUACGCUGCUGUCUCAACUCGAGGCGCUCAUCCUCAAACCCGAACUUGCGCCUCUACUGUCGUUGGUGAAGGGUGCACGCAAUGGAAUCGUUUACGGAUCGAAAGUGCGCUUUCCGCAUGCGCUGGUGAUGAUAUUUUUGUUCAGAUCUGGAACAAUACGGGAAAAGACCUUACUUGUUCUAAAAGCAACGCGCCAGCAUGCGCGCAAUCUCGCCACAUUUGCUGUAAUAUACAAGGCCUCGAUGAUUCUUCUCCGGAACAUCCCUGGUGGUGCCGGGAAAGAGGGCCGCUAUGAUACCUUCUUCGCAGGCCUGCUGGGCGGGUAUGCAGUUUUCGGACGACAGCCAGGAAGUAUUAGCCAGCAGAUCGUCAUUUAUAUCUUUGCCCGUGUGAUGCUUGCGCUCGCUAAGCUCGCCGUCCAACCCAAAAUGCACCCUCUGUCCUCCCUCAUCACAUCCGAUGCGCGCACAAAGAUCACGAAUAAUGCCUACCCCGUCUUCGCCAGUCUGAGCUGGGCAAUGGUUAUGUACAUUUUCCGGUGGCAUCCGGAGAGCCUGGCGUCGAGUCUGCGGAGUAGUAUGGUGUAUAUUUACGGCGACUCGGAUCAUUGGGAUUCUCUUCGCACUCUUCUCAUACACAAUAAAUGA